AAAACAAGCUAUAUCAACAUGAUUCCCUUGGACUCGGCAAGAUGGCGUGGAAGGGCGCUGAGGUUAGUCGUCGCCGCUCUCGUCGCAAUGGCUUCCGUCCGUUAUAUUUCGUCCAUCUCUUCUGGUGAGGAUUCGUCCAUCUCUUCUGAACCUGCACCGCUCCGGCAGUUCGAACCCCAGACCAAGUUCUCCCUUCGCAAUUCCUACAGCAAAAGAGAAAUAACACAGAGAAGCCAAGACCAAACGCUGGCACGGAAGACAUUGCGAAAUCCUUCCAAUAAAGGGCAGGAACCCCACGCCAAGCCAGCGCCCCGUGUGAAGAUUCUGAACAUCGUCAGCGUCUCCGGAUUCGAACAGGACGACCCACGUCUCGUCACCUACGUCCGGCAGCGCAUGCGACCCCCGGCUCCCGUGUGGCAGCCCUACAACCUCGCGAAUCCUGAGAAAACUGACUUCUCCCAGUCUAACCAGAGCACUUAUGCUGAUAAAGAAUUUCUUCAUGGGAUGACUAACGGUUUCUUCGUGGAGAUGGGAGCGGUCGACGGAGAGCUAAUGAGCAACAGCCUCUACUUCGAAAGAGCGCUGAACUGGACGGGCCUGCUGGUCGAACCCAACCCCGAGGACUUCCACACGCUCACCACUCGAGGGAGGAAGGCCUAUAGCAUACACGCUGCCGCCUCGCCGAAGAACAAGUCGGCGAGAGCGAAAUCUCUGAGUGUAUUCAACAGGAGGAAGCAGCUCUUCGGCCGCCUGGGUGUGGACGAAGGAACCGGUGUCCCCGUUUGGCGCUUCCCUCUCUACGCCAUGCUCGCCGCCCUCAAUGUCACUGUGGUCGAUUUUCUUUCCCUUGACGUGGAGGGAGACGAACUGGAGGUGCUGAGAACCAUCCCUUGGGAUAGAAUUACCAUUCGCCUCAUGUGCGUCGAGAUAAACCACAUCAAGGGAGGACCCAAAAGAGUUAUCGAAUAUAUGCUCAAACAAGACUAUAUCUUCCUUGGGAUUCGUAUCAUCGAUGCUUGGUUCGGUAAAAAGCAUCUCAUUGAAGAAACGUUACAUUCAAAGCUACACGUCUAAUAUGUUAUACAUGUCUUCCUAAAAACAAAUUAGGACUGUAGUAUGGAGUACGAAUUACAGCCGUUUUUUAUUAUUGUAUCUGCUUAUCAUUUUUCAGUGGUAUCUAUGCUGCUGUGUUUAAUAUAUCUAACACUACAUACUUGCAGUGGAAUCUAGUUUAUCAAGUUCUCUAUUGUAAAACAGAAAAUGAACAAGAAAAUAUUAAAUGACUAAAUUUUUCAGUCUCAUGAAAUGUAGGCUCUUUGUGUAACACAGAGUAUUAUCAGACAGCAGCUGCAGGAAGCAAUGUUAUUCUCAGCAUCAUGCUAAUGCUGUAUUGUAAUGAUGGCAGCAUAUAUAUACCACAACCCGUGAGCUGGAAGGCACAUUUCAUGCAGAAGUCCAUAAUAUCCAUCACUAAGAACUGAAAGAAAUCUCUUUUUCAUAAAUAAAAAAUAGCACUAAUACUGUAUCUUUGCACAAGUUUAGAAUUUGAUGUUUACCAGUGA